AUGAAAGGACUGUUACUCAUUACAAUCGCCUGCUUGACGACCUCCAUCCUGGCAGCUCCUGCUCCUGAACCCGCUCCAGAACCAUCUCCAUCUCCAGCUCCUGCACCAUCUCCAUCGCCCAGCAUUGGACUCGGAAUUGGUCAUGGCUACGGUGGAUAUGGCCUGGGAUUGGGUCUAGGAAUCGGGCACUACGGAGGACUCUAUGGCCACGGCUACGGCGGCCACUAUGGAGGCCUGGGUCUGGGAUUGGGCUACCAUGCACCCAUCAUCUCCAAGACGAUCAUAGGCAAAAGCUACUUGGGCGGCUAUGGCUAUGGCCUGGGUCACGGAUAUCUCGGAGGCUACGGCCAUGGACUGUACGGAGGACACGGUCUGGGUCUGGGUCUGGGAUACGGACUGGGAUAUGGCUAUGGCCACGGUUGGUAGAGGUGCUCCCAAGUCAAGUAAAGUUAAGCUAAAUGGAGCCGAGUCGAGCGUGCAACAUGUGAGAGUUUUCAAUCAAGUCAUAUACUUCGCAGUACCCAAAUCUUAUUCAGUCAGUCACUCAGCAAGUCAAUAAAUCAAUAAAGACAAAGCAAGAAAUGUACAAAAAACUAGAAUCAUGAUCAACCGUUUUUUUUUUAAACUGGAUCUAUUUUCUCACGGUCCUUCAAGACAAAUUUAAAAUUCUCUUAAUUGCAUA